AUGUCAGCAGCAGUAAGAGGGAGAGUGGAAAAAGAGCUGUCUCCAGAGUGCAGAGAAUUCCUCUACAGGGGAACACCACCGACAGGACUGGAACACCACUACCUGCAGUUCAUUUGCCAGCGUUACAACAAGAAGGCCCGCUACGUGACUCUGUACAACACCGAGGACCACAUACCGAUCUACUCUGCCUACAUCUUUAAACGCUCAGACGGGGAGAAAUGUGUGGAUGUUCCAUGGAUGUAUGAACCUCAGCUAUCCACCUCAUCUGACACAGAUGAGAUGCAGCCUUUUCCGCGUGGUUACAUGCACAUGAACUUUGAAGACGCCCAAGCUGUUCUGGACGACUAUACGAAUGCCAUCCUUUACGAGCGGGGCACCCUCAACCCGGACGAGCACCAGGACGAACCUGACGACAAGGCCUCCACCUACACCCUCACCAACGUCGUACCCAUGGUGCCCAACCUCAACAACAGAGUCUGGAACAAACAGGAGCACAUCAUCCGCCAACGGCUUAACAACUACUGCCACGGAACAGCUUACAUCGUCACUGGCGUCACCACCUCGGGGAAGAUGAUCCGCCGGGAAAACAUGAAACGCAUUGCGGUUCCCACCUACCUGUGGUCGGCUUAUUGCUGCGCUAACUACGACCACAACACACCUUAUAAUGAGCGCUACAGGUUCCCAUCUUUUGCCCACUAUGGCCUCAAUGAGGAAGAAAACAACGGGGUGAUGGAAAUGUCCGUCCAGAAGCUUGAAGAGUUCCUCAAGAAGACCACCUUUGUUAACCAGAACUUUCAGAUCUUUGCGGGUGACUGUGUGCCACCAGCAUCCGGUAUAAAGUAGCCACGUGAUAUGUAAGAAGAAAUGCCCAGGUGUUACUGAUAUCACUAAAAAUAGCUGCAUCUACUUGAGCCAUGACAGUGAGCCAACAUGCACAGUAUCAGGAGCCAUAAACUAAGGCAGCUAAAUGGAAAUUAGCCAUAAUUCAUUUUAUUACCUACAUCUGUGCAUUUUCUACUGUGGCAUGAUAAUGUGUCUGCUGUGAAAGAGGUAUAAAACCUCCAGACCAUUUUCAUUGGAGACAUCAUUACUGUGACACUCUGAUGUCUCAGAACUGGAUCAAGAGAAAUGCUAAAGCUGGAAAUUGAGAGUGUUUUCUACUUAUUCUCAACAACCGCAUUGGGAGGUGAAGUGAAAAGUUGGCCAUUACACAGAAAGGAUAGAACUUGUUUGUCUUAUGUUUGUUCUCUCCUCCUUUUCCUCCUUUUAUCCUACAAGUGUCUUCUCAACUGUAAAACUGUCUGGCUUAAUUAAACACAGUUGUCUUUAAUGAUAUCAGUAACAGCUGGUAAGACAUGUCAAAAUGCCUGCUGUGAAAAAGGUCAAUGAGAAGACAUUACAUUCAGUGUAGCAAAAUGUACCUUCUUUGUCUAUUUUGCAGUAAAAAAAAAAAUACUACAUGAAACUGUCGUUGAAGUUUUAUUUCUGACAUAUUCAGGAAGAACAUUUAUUCUGCUUCAUUCUCAUGAUAACUCAGAAUAUUUUCAUGUGGGAUCCAUUAAAAAAAGAAUUCCAAAAAGUAAAAGGCCUCUUUGUAUUGAUUUUAUCUGUUUUCUACUGCAGGAACUUGGGAGCUGUUUAGAAUGGCUGAAACCUCUUUUAAGGUGUUUUUAAGGGGAGAAAAAGUAUCUGUACCAGGGCAGGUUCUUCUCAAUGUCUUCGGCAGCAGCAGCUGUAUCCAUCUUCAAAGUAAAUAGGCCAACAUAACACUUCUUCAUUGUUCUGUUUCCUACAUGCUCAUAGAACCGGGAGUCAACAGUUGUAGUUGUAGACAGCUACACUGUAAUAGAAACAGAAAGACUAAAGAGCCGACUAUGGUUCCAUUCUUGUCAACAUUCGCACCACCUUGCAGCUUCUUUAAGUUGCUGCAAUAGAAAUCUGUCUUAUAUUCUCACCUUAAACUUCUAUCCCACCUAUGUUAUGGAUCUCACAUUAUAUGAAACUGGAAGACAAGCAAGUGGCACAAGAAGAACUAAAUAACCAAACUUAUAGAAAGGGGAAGACAGGCUGGCAGAGGAGCACAUUAAAGUUGAUUCCAGAGUUCCAGUGAGAUUCAAAACUUAGUCCAGUAACAAAUCCAGGUAAAAACUAUUAAAACAUGCAUCCAUAAAGUAAAUUAAAGCACAAGAAAUCAACACAAGACAAAGACAGUAAAUAGCAUCAACCAAGAUACACGAGAAAAGAGGCUUUCAGUGUAACACAAGAGAUAACUAAACUAAAACAUAAGAAUGCAACAGCAAUUUUAGCAGAAUUUGCAGCUGUUUUUGUCUAUACAAUGGAUAAAAAAACAAGUACACAUACUGUGGCAAAAGAGAGCUCAAAGAUGGUCUGUAGAUAUUCUAUAUGUCCUUUUGAAAACAGAGGACUGCUGUGGUCUAUGUAAAAAGCAGACUUUCUGUAAUCUGACGGAUAGAUUUCUUGUGUAAAAUAUUCAAUUUCUCCUGAACUUGCCUUUGUUAAAUCUCUUUCAGUCUCAUUUUUACCCUUGAAUCUUCUCUCAACUUAAAGAAACCAAAAAAAAAACAACCUUGAAUGCAAUUAUUCCAUCACUGAGUGUAUUUUUUUCUCUUUACCAUUCAAUAUAAUAAAAUACUCUGAACGACUGAUAACAUUCACGACUUUGGAGCUGCUGCUACGACACUUGUGACGAUUUGAAUAAAUGGAAAAUACUUUACAAUGGGAGACCAGUUCGAUUGACGGUCGGAAGGGAAAUGCUGAGGGCGAUAGAGUUGGACUGAGGCUGCAGUUGUUACAAAACAGUGGAAGGAAUACUAGCAGGAGCAGAGAGGUUUAAAAGGGCGUAAAAGACUGAGAGAAUAGAGCUGCAGUGAUGAUACCUACAUCUGCAAACGGUGCCUUAGCCCUGGCAGCUGUUCUGAUCGGUGUGUUGCUAAUGGAGGCCAAAGCUGGGGUGGUUGGAGAUUUUAACCAUGUGGAACGCUGCAAGGACUCUCUGUACAUGGGCACUCCACCCCGAGGAUACCUCAGCAACUCCUUUAAGAAGAUCUGCCAGAGGUACGAGGACAAACCCCGGUACGUCACCCUGUACGACUCCCACAGACACAUCCCCAUCUACUCUGCAUACACAUUCAAGAAGUCCGACGGGGAGAAGAAGGUGGACUUCCCUUGGAUGUUUGAGCCUCAGGUUAGUGUCAGUUUAGAGUGAUUGAAAGUCUGCCUGUCACUCAAAAAUCAAGCUUGUUUUACCUCGAAAUAUGUCACAGACUCAUAAUUUACUAUAUUUAUUUGUAUGCAUUCAUCAAGAGUUUCAAUCUUUGUACACAUAAUACAAAUAUCAAUAUAUUUUGAGUUCAAAGAGUUCAAGCGACUUUGCUACGGGGCAACAAUGUAAAUGUGAGAUACGCUAUUUUAUUGCUGUGAAUGGCGUUUCAGUGACACGGUGUCGUCUUUGCCAUUUACUACCAUAGUUAUGCAAAGUUUCAGCAACACUGUCCC